AUGCUCUUAAAACAUAUAAUUUCAGGUGAGAGGUGCUCGCAUUUUGUUCAGUUCAAUAUAAGCUUUCUAUUUAAGAAUAAAAAAAAGAACGUGUCCAUAUUUAAAAGAUUUAAUUCAUUCGAUAAAACUUAUGAAAAGGGAAAAGGAGGCAUAAAUUCCUCAUUUAUAUACAGUCAUGAGAAAAAUAAAAAAAAUGGCUCGAGUUCUUUAAAAAAUACAAACAAUUGUCAGCAUGUAGAAGAAACAAGGAAACAAUUUGAGACAGAAUCUAGGAGUGAAUAUACAUGCAAAAAUAUUGAAGAAGAAAAGGAUAUUUCGUCAAACGCUUCUGAUGGUGAACGUGUUGAAGGCUGGGAAGAAGUAAAGAAUUAUUCCAAUGAAGACACAAAAUACACGUAUGAUGAUGAAUGGGCAAAGGAUGAAAAUGAACUAAAUAGAGUUGAGCAUACUGAAGAAUUAGAAGAAGAUAUAGACGCACUACUGUUUACGAAUAACUUGAAUUCCAGUUUAAUUGGGAACCUGUGGCAUGCAUCAGCAAAUAGCAUAUAUAGAGAGUCAUUUAAAAAUGUAAUUGUUUCUAAGGAAUAUUAUAAAAAUGAAGAAAAUUCAUAUAUUAAUUGUGAUGAAAGAGGUGAGAAUUAUUUGAGUAAUGAAACCUAUUCAGAUAAGAAGGAAGAGUUAAAUCGUAGAAUGGAGAAAAAGUAUUCUUUAAAAGAUAACAAAUAUGAAAUUAACAAUAAUUUAAAAAAUGAAAUGAACAGGGAUAAAAAUAGUGGAGUACAUACGUUUACACAAAAUAAAAUAGAAAAUAAGGAAAGACAUAAGCCUACUUUUAACGAAGCUUGUGUGUUAGAUAACAAUAAAAUGAAAAUGAAUUCGUUUAUUAACGAAAUAUACGAAGAGGAAAAGAAAGAAGUGGAAAAAAUGAAGGAAUUUUUUGAAAAGAAUGAAAAAGAUUUUAUGAAAUUUAGAAAUUCAGUUCUUUGUAAAUUAAAAAUAUCCGAAGAGUUGCCAAAAAAAUUUAAACAUUUAAGUAAAGACACAUAUGUGUUUAACACAGAAAAGAACAAGGAAGAAUAUUAUAAAAAAUUAAUUAAUUCUUUAAAUUGUGAAAAUAAUAACACAGCGUAUAAUAAUAAAAAAAAAAAAAAAAAUGUAAAUUAUGAUAAAAUUGAAACAAUAAAAAUAUUAGAUAUUGAUAGUUUACCAUGUAAUAUAUUAAACCAUUUAUUCGCAUAUAAAAUUGUGAAAAAUUGCAGUGCAGAAUUAUGUUUAAAAAUAAUAAGUAGAAUAGGAAUGUAUAGAGAUAAAUACUCUCAAGUCUCUUAUGAAAAUAUGAUUAAUUAUUUAGGUCAAAUAAUUAAUAGUAAUAAUAAUGCAGAAAUAAUUGCACUUUUUUCGAGAUGUUAUGAAACGGUGAGCAUACCAUUUCUAGUUAAUUAUGUAAGAAAAUAUGGAACAUUUUCAAGAUCUUUUAUUGUUAAUAUGUAUGAUAAAUAUUUUAGAAAAAGAUUAUUUGAUUUUGUAAGAUAUGAAAAUAAUAUGGGCAUAAGAAAAAUACCAAAUAUAUUAACACAUCCCUAUCAUUUAUCAUCGUACAUUAAAUUAUUAGGUGAAUGUUCAGCUAAAAAAGAUAUGUACAUACAACUAAAAAUGAGGGGGCAUAUUCCAAACUCUAUUAAUUUUAAUAACAGUGAAAAAACACUGGACAAUGUUAAUUAUAUAAUGAAUGAAGCUAGUAACACAAAAAUUAAGAAAGUAAAUGUGAGAAAUGAUAACAAGAAACUAACUAAUAAUAAAUAUGUUGAAAGACCAAAAAUAUAUGAUGCUAUUUUAUCAGCAGAAUACACGGGACUUCCCCUUGAACAUUUUGUCGACAAAGAAGCAAAAGAGAAAGAAGAACCUUUGGUAAAUUUUAACAGUCAAACAGAAGAGCAGUUAGAAGCAGAAUGCCAUAAUUUAGUAAAUUAUCCAAAUACUAAUUCUUUGUUUAAUAAAAUACAGAUGAGGGAUGGACAAAAUGUAGGAAAGGAAAAGGAACCCACAGAACCAGAACAAGUUGAACAAUUUUAUAAUAUGGAAAAUAUUGCUCUUGCAGAAGGGAAUCUAAAUGAUUUUGUGUUAGAAGAUGAAAUUAGGGAAGUUCAUAACUAUAAUGAUAAUAAUAAUAAUGGAAAUAACAGUGACCAUGUCAGUUUAAUAGAAAAUAUACAUUACACUGACAUGGAGCAUACAACGGAUGGGGAGUGCAGAGAAAACAUAAAUUUUAUUCUUGAUGAAGAUUGCGAUAUAUAUCUGUAUAAAGGAUUUAAUAAAUUGAACAAAUCAUCUUUCAAAUUACAGACAAAGCUAGUAAAGGAAGAAGAUAAAAAUGAAAAUGAAUUAGCUACCUAUUCAAAUGAUCAUGACUGCUAUGAAGAAAUAGAACAGGGUGAGGAAAAUAAGAAAUCCUUAUGGGAGUUACCGUGGAAAUCUACGAAAAAAAAUUCUUUCUUUUUCAAAGGUCGUUUUUUUAAAAUUUUACCAAAUGUGGGAUGGUCUGAAAUUAAAGAUGUAUCAAAAAGAUAUAUAAGACCAAAAAGAAAAAGAACAAAACAUUAUAUUCGAAGAAAAAGAGUUUUACAAAAAAAAAUUAAAAUUAAUUUGUUUAAAAAAAAAAUUUUAGAAAAAUAA